AUGCAGCAGUCUUCGUCGUCGCUGUCGCGCACAGUUAGCCCAGACGCGCAAUCCCUUGACGCAGCAGCAUCAGCGCCUACUACAUCGCGCGCGAGAUCACAAGGCCCCGCUUCAGUAGGCGAAGCUAUUAAGAAACUGGCAGGCAUAGAAGCGAGACGCCGCGUUGCGCAUAUGAGUAACGAGCUGGAAUGCAGGCAGAUACUUGCAGCGAUUGAGCGACAGCAGCAGCGUUUACGCGCGCGCAUCGCUAGUAAUGACCCAGACGCGCCUCUUUUGCCUAACCCAGCACCUGAUAGGAUGGCGCCUACACUAUCGCUUCUGCAGGACUCUACAGACGCGCUGCCGCUACGGUCGGGCACGCCGCUAGCGCCAGUACAGCAGGAAGUUCAGCAGGCCGCGCUUUUAACACCUGAGCAGCAAUAUCAGGCCGCGCAAGUAGUAUUUCACACGCGCCAGCUAACGGAUGUGCUAGACAGCGCUAAUAACGUUUUUAUGAACGCGCAAGUUUUACUGCUGCGCAAGGACAAGAUGAACCUGAGGUAUGUCGCGCUGAUGGGCCAUAUACACAUCGUGCAGCACAUCAGCACUGGAAUCGCAGUCCAUCGCGAUCUUAUCCUGGAGUAUUUACUGCCACCUCUGUUCGCGCGCUCGCAAGUCUUUUUAGAUGCUUUGGCCGCGCUAGGAUGUACCGAAACCAUUAUCACGGAGAAGACCAUGGCCGCGUCAGCAGCGAUAGCUCAUGCCACCCCCUUGACGCGCACAUUGGAAGCCCUUCAGAUGAACUGUGUCAUCUCGCGCCGAGGAUUGAGUUUUACAGAGCAAGAUCAAGAGUACCGCAGACUUGCCGCGCCGGCCGAUCCUGGGCCACCACCCUUGCAGCCGCGCACCUAUACUCAAGCUCUGCGGAUGUGGCAAGAGAGUUAUGAUGAGAUGCUCCACAGUUCUCUGACUCACGAAUUCCUUGAUAUGAUCGAGCGAGAAGGUCUUACGGUACAGUCCGAUGAAGAGCAACCACAAGAGAGCCCAGAGAGUGAGCAGUUCUCGACUAUAACUGUUUCUUCAGUCGCGCGAGACAUCAGCGCUAUAUCGUUACCCGAAAUUAGGAAUUUGGAGAAAGAAGAAGUCCUACCGGAAGAUCAAGGACAGACAGUGUCGCUUCAGCCGCCGGACGCGCAACAGGAAGAACCAUCGCAGGCAUACCCGACGCGCCAAUCAGCCCCACAAGAAGAACAGCAGCACCCAGGCCCUUCGAUUCCACCGGAACACCGCCUUGAGCACAUUCUCGACGCCGUGCUGGAGGCUGGGCAGGAGCCCAAUCAGCCAGUGCAGCAAGCCGCGCAGCCAGUGAGGUUCGAAGGAAGAUUUAGGCGCGAGCACCGGCCGUGCAUUUUUUUGCGAAGGGACGCGACACUUCAGCGCGGAGUGCAACGUGGUCAAGGACAUGAUGGAGAGAGUGCGUAUCGCGCAGCAGAAAGGGAUCUGUCCUAA